AUGGGAGACCGCAACAUCGAAGCUGUGUCGAAAUUUCCAGCUGCUACUCGCCGUGAUUCAUCUGAAUCAUUCCGGGCAGUCCGUAGAGCAAGCACCACGGUCAAAAACCAUUUGGUAUCCGCUGUAUUCGCUAAUGGUGCUAUUGAUGAUGAAGCCGACGAUGCGUCUUCAGAAGAGGAGGGCGUGAGAUCCUCCAAACUGAAAGCUAAACCUGCUGCAAGACACGAACACGCAACUUUCAAGAAAAGCAACAAUGAUACUGAUGAUGUUGACGACGAUGAUGAUGCUGAGCUAGGACGCAUCGUAUCAACGAGUCGAGACUGUAGCUCUGAACCUGCCGCACCACUGGCUGCUGUGUUGAAGCUUUUACAAAUGCGGUAUCUGAUCUUGGCCAUCAUUACCAAUGGAGUUAUACUGUGGGCAAUUCUGUGUAUGGGAUCGACUGGAUUGACAAUACCACUCGGGGGGAUUGUCCAGACCAUCGGACCAGUCCUUGUUGAAACAGCGUUAUUAUUGACAAACAUCUUGACUGUGGACGCUAUGCAAGACGGUGCGGCUGCAUAUUUUGGGUAUCUAUUCGCUAGCAAGGCUGGAUAUUCGUUAGCUGUGUGUGGGUUUAGCCAAGCGGGAGCAUCUUCGAAAUGGAGUUUCUGUAACAAUCUCAGCUUGAGCUCAAAGUGCCGCAAAUUCCUGUCUCGAUUGUCCGUACUAUUUGCUCUUGCUGAGGCACUCAAGUUAAUGACCGUCAUAACAGCUACCUCGUUUGCUUUUGAAUUUAUUAGAGCAGACGAUGGAUUGGUGGAUUGUAUUACAUUCGAAAUGAUUGAAGGAAACCAAGUGGAUCGGACCUUCCCAACUCUUGAUUACAUACAGGGGGUUACCGACAACAUUUUUGGUGCUGCUGUCGGUGUCCUUCGAAGUGAAGUCCCUGGCGUUAAUGUCACCCAAGCGAUCAUGUCUCCACAAAUGCUGGGGAAUGUAAUUGAUGGAGAGACUAUGAUCGGCGAUGGAUUCGUCACCAACAUCUCAACUUCUUGUGACUGUUGGUCUGCUACGACCGCUGGAUUUGCUUUAUCCGGAAUGACUUCCGGAAACAUCGCCACAAUGCUUUCGCACUACCAGAGCCUCGCUUCUCAGAAGAUUCUUGGAAUGAGUUCGCUUGUUGAAAGCAAUGAUUCAACUGUUACGGUCACCUCAAUACUGUCUGCUGGAUGGAGAGUCUGUGGGGGAGCUAACGAUACACAAUACGCCGAAAUAUGUGUUUCUACAUUCAGUGAUCACCACCAAGCAACAGUCCUCAAUGAAUUUAUGACUGAUGGUAGUAUCAACUCUGUUACAUUAAGGGCAGUCUCCAUCCUCGAAGUUGGUCUUCCCGCAGAUCUUACUUGGGUUGCCACUGCCAUGAAGACAAUUUUAGGCGGCACUAUCUCUGACAUGAAUCUAAGACCAACUGUGGCUUCACAGAUUAAUUCUAUGCUUGGCUGGGGUUCUUCAGACGGAAUGGGUAUCGAUGCGAAUUUACUGGAGGCCGGAGUGGAGACGAUGAUGGCUGUACUUCUUCGAGGAGGCAUGCUGAGGACAUAUGGGCAGCACGGCAACUCUUGUCCUCUUAACAAGGCCCUGGACUCACAGAGCAAAAUUUUCUUGCAAUCCUAUGGAGCUAGUGUUGCUCAAGUGCAGGUUGUCAUACAACUGAUCUUGCUGUUUAUGUGCAUAAUCGCAUUCUUGCCCUGGUUGCUCUCGGACGUUCCUAUUGGACCUGGUGUCAGGUUUGUUCGAGAAUCGGAAUACUUUACGACACUGCUGGCAAACUCACCGCACUUGACGGCCGAUAUGGUCAACUUUGGAAACUCGCCCACGUACUCGUUAUGGCAGAGUCUCGACAUCAUUGCACGUAUUGGUGAAGGAUUAUCGACGCUUGAUCAAGAGAUAGGAACAAUUGUGAUAGACGUUCCUAAACAUGUUCGGGCCUUCAAGAACGGAAGGAGAUUCCGGUGA